UGAUGGACUCAGUGAACUUUAACCCCAUGAACAGCUUCAUUGUUGUGAUUCUGGUAGACAAGCGCUUCUCUUACACAUUUUUAAGACUAAACAGAGAUAGCCAGUACGAUAGAAUUUUGGUAUGACUUUUUGCGGUCAAAGCUUGGUUAUUAAUAUUAGGAACUUUUAAGGUGUCAACACAGUUUUUGUGGGCUACAAAUGACGAAAUGUCUUUAGGGGUAGAUAGCUGGCUGACGCGUUAGCAACCACAGCAACCUGAUGAUGGGGAAUGCUGCUUAACCACAACGACUUUCAACGCCACGGACAUCACGCAAUAUUGUCCAUCACUAGCGUCGCAUGCCAGCUAUGUCAGUCUAAAACGUAGCUGACGCUUGUUACUUAGAGAACCUUUCGCUGACGUUCUGUAAAUUUGGAAUAUUGCACGGAAGGCCACCUGAAGCCGUCAUUACUAUAUUCCAAUGGGUGAAGAAAAGCCAGACACUUUGGACUUCGUAAAGGAUUUCCAGGAGUAUCUCAGCCAGCAAACUCAACAUGUAAACAUGAUAUCAGGAUCUGUCAGUGGUGUCAAAGAAGCAGACGAUCUUCCAGCAGACUGCAGUCAGAAUGGGCUGGACCAUCCACCUGUGGACAUGGCACUGGAGGAUGGUUCAGGCCUACUGGUAGACGGCUUUGAGCGGACCUACGAUGGCAAACUCAAAUGUCGGUACUGUAACUACGCUACCAGAGGCACAGCCCGGCUCAUCGAACACAUCCGCAUUCACACCGGAGAGAAACCACACCGAUGCCACCUGUGCCCCUUUGCCUCGGCCUAUGAGCGCCACCUGGAGGCCCACAUGCGCUCCCACACGGGGGAGAAGCCCUACAAGUGCGAGCUGUGUUCCUUCCGCUGCAGCGACCGCAGCAACCUGUCCCACCACCGCCGCCGCCGCCACAAGCUGCUGCCCAUGAAGGGCGCCCGCUCGCUGUCCCACAAGAAGAUGCUGAGCGUGCUCCAGAAGAAGACCGGCCUGGGCUACGGUCGCAGGCUCCUCAUCAAUUUCAGCCCCCCUUCCAUGGUUGUGCACAAGGCUGAGAACAUGAACGACUAUUCCCACGAGAUGCCUCGCCUGCGCCAAGAGGCCUACGACGACCAGGGAGGAGAGGGCGGGGAGAGCCGGUCCAAGGACGACCCCCACCACCAUGACCUGAUCAUGGAAAACCCCCUCAACCAGCUGUCCACCCUGGCUGGCCAGCUGGCCAGUCUGCCCUCAGAGACCCACCAGGCCAAGACCCAAACCCCCAUGUCCCCGGGGGCCGAGUCCUGCGUCGACGAGAAGCCUUUCCUCAUCCAGCAGCAUCACCCAGCCACGGCUCCCGCCGCCUCCGUGGCAGCCAGUGCUGCUCACUCCUCCUCCCCCAUCACCCCAGAGCCCAGGCCCACUCCUCACAGCAACUGCAGCCCGGGGAUGGGCCCCUGCAGCGAGCACAGCGGACGCACCAGCACCCCCAGCGUCACCAACAGCCAGCCCAGUACCCCGGCCCCGGGCCUGACCUCCCUGCAACAGGACCCCCAGAUGCUGCACCACUGCCAGCACUGUGACAUCUACUUCCCUGACAACAUCCUCUACACCAUUCACAUGGGUUGCCACGGUUACGAGAACCCCUUCCAGUGCAACAUCUGUGGUCACAGAUGCAGGAGCAAGUAUGACUUUGCUUGCCACUUUGCACGGGGUCAGCAUAAGCUGUGAUUGGUCGGGCUCAGCAUAAGCAGUGAUUGGUUGGGGUCAGCAUAAGCAAUGAUUGGCCGGGGACUGCUGAAAAGAUGGAAGAGCUUGGUUUUUAUUUGAUUCCAUAAUGGGGAUUUUUGUAUUUAUUUAUUGCUUUUAAACUUUAUGAAAUUGGCCUUGAUGUAGCCUAGCCUUUACACGUUUUGUGGACAGACAUUUUCUAAGACUGACUUAACAUUUGUAGACUUUAAGAUGUAUUUUUGUGUACAUUUUAAAGUGCCCAUGUUAUGUAUUUAUUGUUUUAUAGCGAUCAAGUGUAAUAGAGAUUUGAGAUCUCACAUAAAUCAGUUAAUUUACAUUUACAUUUAUUCAUUUAGCAGACGCUUUUAUCCAAAGCGACUUCCAAGAGAGAGCUUUACAAAGUGCAUAGGUCACUGAUCAUAACAACGAGAUAG